AUGAGGAGUGAUAAAUCGGAUCAGCUGAAAGAAGAGGCCGAAAAUGAAAUAUGGAGCAGAAAAGUAAAAGAAUCAACAAUUGAAGUGAUCGAAGCAGAUACUCUUCAAACGGAAAAUGACGCGGCCGAUUUUGAAUUGGUACCAUCAGCUUCAGAAAUACGGUACGUAAACAACCUUUUAUAUACUUUGCGAUAUAUAUUGCUUAACAAGGUAUGA